AUGUUACACUGUGAGCUGAAAUACAGUGUAAGAUUGAUGGAUUACGGUAGGUUAGCCAGUGCUCGAGGUUUAGAACCAACCGACGUCCACAGACGGCAAGCUGAUCCGGUGCUUGCGCCUCCAUCUCAUCACCCGCGUCAUGUUGUCGACAUAUGUUCUCUGGACCUUGUGAUGACUGCAGAUGAAGAAUUUUUCCCUUCCUCCCCCCUCUUCAUUCACCCAGCCUUUCAACGUUUCAGUAUUCACUUUAUUAUAUUUAUUGCCCAAAAGAUGAAGCCUCGCGCCUAUCCCAUCAGUCGACGGAGGGAUAUGUCCCAACAGUUACCAAAUCACAGAAGGGCCCCCAAACCUCAAAUCAUGAGGACUUUCAACAACACUAUGCAAUCCAUGUUGACAAACCUCCAUCUGAAACACAGAGCUUCAUUUAGUGUCCUCCCUCCGGAGGUGGUUGAAAAGAUAUUCGAAUUCCUCUCCACCCCAGAUCUGAUCUGCUUCGGACUAAGCUGCAGAUAUAAUUUAUGCCGUCUCAAGGCCUACUUUGAGGAGCAGAAAAUCCAGCUUCAUCAGCUACUCCCCAUCGAAAAGCGAAAAACAAUAUACACCGAGAUCAAGCAACAACCCAGACUACAGUUCCUGCUUCGCCUCGAGAGCGCCCAUUGGAGAUACUGCCGCGACUGUCAAGUUCUUCACCCAGAUUCUACCUGGCAGGCUCUCCGGGAUUUCAAGGAUACGCGUAGGAAGCGAACGAAAUGUUGCAGUAGAUGUUCCUUUCAAAGCGGCAGUCUUCUCUGUAUGCCAUAUGCCGGUGAAGUUGAGAUUUGCCCGUGUACCAGAAUCACGUUCGUUGAUAAACUGCACUUGAUACAGUUGUGCAAAAAAGAAAAGAGGCUGGUGCGUCUCGACAAAAAGAAAUCUCUUAGCCAUCCUAGCAGUCGAAAGCUACAGAAUGAUCUCCAACAUUUCUGCGUGUUUAACGGAAACCCUUUGUUUAAGGUCAAAAUUCAGACAGAUAUUUUGUAUGAUGAUGACGGCUGGGAGCUUUAUCUGUACAAUUCCUAUCGUAUUUAUACAACAGGCGAAUUUCUUUCCAAGAGCUUGCGAUCUCUUAUGGCGUGUCCGCACAAGGACAUUGAUGGUCUUGCUCGACAAAUAUUCCAUGAUGGUGGCUCAAGCUUUACAGGGUGGGAUAAAGCUCGCUCGCCGCGCUCUGUUAAGUAUUGCGGUUGGACGAAAUAUGAGAAUACAGGAAGAUGCUACUACUCGCUGACGAUAAAUACAGAGAGGAAUUUGGGGGGUACUAAAUGGCCUGAUAAAGCUUGGAGUCGCCAAUCUUCUUAA